AUGGAGAGGCAAUAUCUUGCAUCCACUGGUGAAGGGAAGCCUGCACGUUAUCAGAGGAUGCUUGAUCUAGCUCGUUGGUUGAAAGAACAUGUACCAAAAGAAGAUUCCUCAGCAGCAUCAGGAACAGGUCUUGUCCAUGGUGAUUACCGCCCUGAUAAUCUAGUUUUUCAUCCAACAGAGGAUCGAGUAAUUGGCGUUAUUGAUUGGGAACUAUCUACUUUGGGGAAUCAGAUGUGUGAUGUUGCUUAUAGCUGCUUGCCAUAUAUUAUUGAUGCAACACCCACUGAAAGGACUUUUUAUGGAGGAUUUCAACAUACUGGCAUUCCAGAUGGGAUUCCUCAACUGGAAGAGUACCUUUCUGUAUACUGCUCUUACUCUGUUUUCAAGUCUCAGGAGCACCGUGGCAAGAAUUUCAGAGAGGAAGAAAGUUUAACUUCCGAAAAGAAUCAAGGCAAAUUUGUUCCUAGUGAAAAGGUUAUGCAGCUUCAAAAGAAACUAAUAAAGUUUAUUGAAGAUCACAUAUACCCAAUGGAGGGUGAGUUCUACAAACAUGCACAAUCAACCUCAAGAUGGACAAUUCAUCCAGAAGAAGAAAAUCUUAAAGCAUUGGCAAAGGAGGGCCUAUGGAACUUGUUUAUUCCGGGCACAAAAAUUAUAGACGCAUCAAAGCCAAGCCUGACGCCCAGACGUUGCACAGCUCCAGCACAACAAGCAAGGUCAACGUGUCCUGAGGUCGAACUCCAGUGCACACACAUCAGACCUUCUACUAGGUGCUGGAUGCAUUCUUGCCAUUAUGCUACUGAAUGGGCGAGACUACCUAAUAUCCAAGGUCUACAACAAAUCAAGGUGAGGGCACUCGACAUAAUACGCUAA